CUGAGACACUGGUGGGCGGGCAGAUGGGGGUGAGGUGAGACUGAAUCCCCAUAAGAACAGGGACAAGUGAAGCUCACACCCUAGCGUGCCUGUGGUGUCAUGGAGAUGAGGGGUGUUCUGACCUUGACGUUCCUCUUGGCCAUUACCAGUUGCCAAGGUUACUAUGACCUUCUUGCCAAGUGCUUCCAAGACCCUGAGUAUGAAUCUUUUCUGAAAACUGUCCAAGAGGGGCUUGGGAACUCAGCCUCUAAGAAGCAUAUCAUAGUGGCGGGAGCUGGGAUGUCUGGAUUGGUAGCGGCUAAGAUCCUUCAGGAUGCUGGACACAAGGUGACAGUCUUAGAAGUCAAGAACAAAAUCGGGGGAAGAGUGGCAACAUUUCGGAGCCCAGAGAAAAACUGGUACAUUGAACUGGGUGCUAUGAGAUUGCCAGCCACCCACAGGCUUGUCCGAGCCUACGUGGAGAAGCUUGGCCUGAAACUGAACACCUUUAUCCAGUCUAGUAACAACACCUGGUAUUAUAUCAAUGGUCGCCGGCAUAGGACUUCAGAUGUAUUGGCCAAUCCCAACAUCCUGGGCUACCCUGUAACACCUGAGGAGUCAGGCAAGAUGCCCGGCACACUCUUCCACGAUGCAAUAGGAAAGUUGGUGGAAAAACUGAAGCGUACCAACUGUAGCCACCUGAUGUCUACAUAUGACUCCUUCUCCACCAAGGCCUACCUGGUAAAGGAGGGGAAGCUGAGCCGGGGAGCUGUCCAAAUGAUUGGGGAUAUCAUGAAUGAAGACGCAGGCUACUACAAAUCUCUCUUGGAAUCCCUGAGGAGUGACAUUAUCUUCUCUCAUCCAGAUGGCUUUGAUGAAAUCACCGAUGGCUUUGAUCAGCUCCCCAUUGCCCUGUACCAAACCUUGAAGCCUAACACUGUUUUACUGGGGGCCGAAGUGAAGAAGGUAGAGACGGUUGGGCCUCGGGUCAAGAUUACCUACCAGAGUGGAGGACCCUACUCAGGCCAGUCCACCAUUACAGGUGACUUCGCCAUAAUCUCAUCAUCAGCCAAGGCCACACGGCUCAUUGAGUUUGAGCCACCACUCUCUCAGAGCAAACAAGAUGCCUUACGUGCCAUUCACUACACCAGUGCCACCAAGGUGAUCCUGGUCUGCAAGGAGCGCUUCUGGGAACAAGAUGGCAUCCAAGGCGGGGCAUCCAUCACAGACCUGCCCACGAGAUUUAUCUACUACCCAAGCCAUAAUUUUUCCGGAAAUGUUGGUGUCCUUUUGGCCUCCUAUACCGUGGGUGAUGACUCUAUCUUUUUCCUGGGCAUGCAACAUGAGAAGAUAGUGGACCUGGUGCUAAGUGACUUGGCAACUAUCCACCAGAGGUCCAAGAUGGAGCUGCAAAAACUAUGCCAGACAUCCGUGGUAAAACGCUGGUCUCUAGACCAAUUCACGCUAGGUGCAUUCGCAGAGUUCACCCCCUACCAGUUUAUUGACUAUUCAGAAGCUCUCUUUAAGCCUGAAGGUAAUGUUCACUUUGCUGGUGAGCAUACCUGCCAGCCCCAUGGCUGGAUAGACACAGCAAUCAAAUCUGGGGUCCGGGCAGCCCGGAACAUACAGGCAACUGUCAAUGCUGCUGCUGCUCACUCUGAGAAUGACUAUGAUCCCGCUGCUGACUAUAAUGCUGACUACGAUGCUAAUGUGAUUUUGGAUGGGGGGUCAUCUUUCUUUCAGGGGAUCAAAGGAAAGUUCCCAAAAGCCUGCUCCACACAGAGUAGCCCCACUGAGAGAGGGGAGGAAAAUGAGAUAGGUCUCCAGUAGCAUGGCCUAGGGCCUGGCACAUAAAGAAAACAAAUCCAAUUAAACCAGUGUUUAUGGGCAAUUUGCCAUAAGUUUGUCCGAGUGGUAAGAAAUCAAACCUUAGAGUCUAAUCACAGAACCAAAAUAACCAGAAGCAACCUCAGAGGCUGUCUAGUCUGACCUCACCAAAAAAAUAAAAAAAUAAAAAAAAUCCUUCUUGUUUCUUCCAAGAGAAUCAAAGGCUUGGACUCUCAUUGCUGGCCUCAGUGCACUGGGUUUGAGGACAGGGCAGAGAAAAAGCUUGACUCUGGCAUAAUUUGGGGAUAAAGGAGCUGGCUGGGAAAAGUGGGGGGAUCUAUGAGUCCUCUCCUCUAGCUACUCUGGGUGGCCUCAAGGCAGAGACAAGGGUAAGAGAUUGUAACAAUUCUUUGCCAUGAAGAACAGUGACUGGCAUGGGAUCUAAGUCUGUCUGGCUAUUCACUUCACCUCUCCAGAAGAAAAAAAUCCCCUAUCUCUUUAAAUGACAUGAUAUAAUAAAUCAGCAAAUGUAUCUUCUGGGGACUGAAUAAAUCAUAUUU